AUGCCCAAUCAUACUUUAUCAGAAACUAAUAUCCAAGAUCUAAUUGCUGAGAAUAAAAAGAUAAUUCUAAGAUGUCCAUUCAAGGAAUGCAACACUAGAAUAAUCGCAUAUUCAUCCAAGCUAAUUACCAUCACAGCAUCACAUGCCCCACAAACAAUCAAAACAACCUCUCCGGAAUCAUCUCCUACAAUUGAACAAACAACUGACUUCUAUCAAAUAAAAGAUGUAUGGGAUUUUGAUAAUAUUGGUGUAAGUAGACCCACUGAUGUUUUGGAUGAACCAGUGGUAGGUCAUGAUGAAGUACAUGUGAAAUUAGAGAGGUUGUUGAUUUGUAGUGAAUGUGAAACGGGUCCACUUGGAUUUGCUGGGAUUCCAAUUGGUUCGGAAACUGAUCAUAGGAAUUUGCAAUAUUUUUUGAGUUGUAAUAGUGUAUUAUAUGAUUUUUAA